AUGGGCCUGCGAUGUGUUCCCUGGUUACAGCCUGGCGGCGUGAUUGAGCGAGGGGCUUUGCCCGGGGGCCUGGGGUGCUUGCCGCUGUCGGGCGGGAACCAGCCCAUGCCCCCCUGGCUUCAAGGCUCUUUGGGCUUCCUCCUUCCCCUUGGGGGAGCGUAUGUCCCACCAGACCUGUGCAUCUGCACCUUUGUGCUGGAACAGUCCCUGUCAGUACGAGCCCUUCAGGAGAUGCUGGCCAAAAGCGGACAGAACAGUGAAGGGAGAGCUAUGCAAAAGGCAGCGCAAAGUGGCGGCCACAAGACUCUACUGUACGGACAUGCCAUCCUCCUGCGGCACUCCUUUAGCUCCAUGUACCUGGCAUGCUUGAAGACGUCAAGGUCACAGACUGAUAAGCUAUCAUUUGAUGUCGGCCUGCAGGAGGACUCAACAGGUGAGGCUUGUUGGUGGACAAUCCACCCCGCCUCCAAGCAGAGAUCAGAAGGUGAGAAAGUGCGCAUCGGUGAUGAUCUCAUCCUCGUCAGCAUCUCCUCAGAGCGUUAUCUUCACUUAUCAAUCUCCAAUGGCAACAUCCAGGUGGACGCUUCUUUCAUGCAGACACUGUGGAACGUUCAUCCUAUCUGCUCUGGCAGCAAUAUAGAGGAAGGAUACCUAUUGGGCGGGCAUGUGAUGCGACUGUUUCACGGACAUGACGAGGUGGUGACCAUCCCAGGGUCAGACCAGAGUGAAGAGCAGCAGAGGAUAGUCAACUAUGAAACAGGUAAAGCUGGGGCCAAGGCCAGGUCCUUGUGGAGGCUGGAGCCACUCCGGAUCAGCUGGAGUGGGAGCCACAUCCGCUGGGGUCAGCCCUUCCGAUUACGCCAUUUGACCACUGGCCACUACCUAGCCCUAACUGAGGACCAGGGCUUGGUGCUGCAGGACUGUGAGAGGUCGGACACAUUAGCGACUGCUUUCUGCUUCAGAGCCUCUAAGGAGAAGCUGGAGCAGAGCCCCAAGCGGGACAUCGAGGGGAUGGGAGUAGCGGAGAUUAAAUAUGGAGACUCGCUCUGCUUCAUCAUGCACGUGGCCACGGGUCUGUGGCUAUCUUACCAGGCGCCUGAUGUCAAAUCUGCCCGUCUGGGUCCUCUCAAGAGACGAGCGUGUCUACAUUCUGAAGGUCACAUGGACGAUGGCUUGACCCUGCAGCGCUGUCAGCAUGAGGAAUCUCGCGCGGCACGCAUCAUCCGUAACACCACGCUCCUCUUUAACCGAUUCAUCAGAGACCUGGACUGUCUAAGUGUUAAGAACAAGACACUUGUGGCUCUGCCCAUCGAGGAGGUGCUCCAAACCCUAAACGACCUCAUCACUUAUUUCCAGCUACCUGAUGCCGAGCUGGAGCACGAAGAGAGGCAAAUCAAGCUACGCUCACUCAAAAACAGGCAGAAUCUUUUCAAGCAGGAAGGUAUGCUGACAUUGUUGUCCAACUGCAUAGACCGUCUGAACGUCUACAACAGUGUGGCUCACUUUGGGGAGUGUGCCGGUUCAGAGGCCGGAGCAGCCUGGAAAGACAUUCUCAACUUGCUCUAUGAGCUAUUGGCUGCCUUAAUCAGAGGAAACAGAAACAACUGCACCCAGUUCUCCAACAACUUGGACUGGCUGGUUAGCAAACUGGAGAGACUGGAGUCUUCUUCGGGCAUUCUGGAAGUUCUGCACUGCAUUCUAAUUGAGAGCCCUGAGGCUCUCAACAUGAUCCAGAGAGGACACAUUAAAUCCAUCAUAUCGCUGCUUUAUAAACACGGACGUAACCAUAAGAUCCUUGAUGUGCUUUGCUCGCUCUGUGUGUGCAAUGGCGUUGCUGUACGAACCAAUCAAAACCUCAUUUGUGACCACUUGCUGCCCAAGAGAGACCUGCUAUUGCAAACCCAGCUGGUCAAUGACGUCCAAAGUAUGAGACCGAACAUCUUUCUCGGUGUAAGUGAGGGCUCAGCUCAGUAUAAGAAGUGGUACUACGAGCUUAUGGUCGACCAGGUGGACCACUUUGUGACUAGCGAGCCUUCCCACCUUCGAGUGGGCUGGGCCAACACUAAGGGUUACGCACCCUACCCUGGUGGGGGCGAAGGCUGGGGGGGCAACGGUGUGGGAGAUGACCUCUACUCUUACGGCUUUGACGGACUCCACCUCUGGUCAGGUCGCAUCCCCCGGGCAGUUGCAUCCCUCAAUCAGCACAUCCUGACCUCUGAGGAUGUGGUGAGCUGCUGCCUCGACCUCGGCGCCCCCAGCAUCUCUUUUCGCAUCAACGGACAGCCCGUUCAGGGCAUGUUUGAAAACUUCAACACAGACGGACUCUUCUUCCCCGUGGUCAGCUUCUCUGCGGGAGUCAAGUGA